AUGGAUAUCGUACUGUCCCUCAGCGACACGCUGUUCCUUGACCGUUUUUACGCCUCUGUCUUGCCAGUCAACAACCUCUCCGCCUCUCCAGAUGUAUUCGCCGCAAACGCCAACCUUACAGCUGCUGUCAAAAUCUCUAAGCUAGCUCCUUCGAUCGCAGGAUCAGCUUUCGAAAGUGCCGUCCAGUUGACCAACCUUGUUGGAAUUCUACCAGGCAAAUAUGCCGAACUUUCCUCUCUCCCAAGAGACAACGUGUAUCGCCAGUUCUUUUCUCUAUUCUUGCUCACUUGGGUCUUCGGCUGUUUGCUCUAUUUCGUUUCGUCCACACUUUCCUACAUCUUUGUUUUCGACAAGGACACCUUCAAGCACCCUAAAUUCCUCAAAAAUCAGAUUCGCCAGGAAAUAUGGGUCUCGAUGAAAGCUCACCCAGGAAUGUCGCUUCUUACAGCUCCCUUCUUCCUCGCUGAAGUCCGCGGCCAUACCCUCCUUUUCGACAGCGCCAACGAUUGCGGCCGUGUUUAUUUCUAUCUUCAGUUCCCACUUUUUAUUAUCUUCACUGAUGCCAUCAUCUACCUAAUUCACCGUGGGCUCCAUCAUCCAUCCAUCUACAAAUUCUUGCACAAGGCCCACCACAAGUGGAUCAUGCCAAGCCCAUACGCUAGUCACGCUUUCCACCCUGUUGACGGCUGGGCCCAGAGCUUGCCAUACCACAUCUUCCCAUUCAUCUUCCCACUCUGGAAAUACGCCUAUGUUGGUCUCUUUGUCUUUGUCAACAUCUGGACCGUCAUGAUCCACGACGGAGAAUAUGUUGCCAACUCCCCAAUCAUCAAUGGCGCUGCUUGCCACACUAUGCACCACCUUUACUUCAACUACAACUAUGGACAGUUCACCACUCUUUGGGAUCGUCUCGGCGGUUCUUACAGACCACCAAAUCUGGAAUUGUUCUACAAGGAGACUAAGAUGAGCAAGGCUGAGUUGGACAAGCAGGUCAAGGAGAUGGAAAAGAUGGUCAAGGAAGUUGAGGGUGAUGAUUCGUUCAGAGAGUAUAGGCACGAAGAUGAGCCAAAGAAGUCGAAAUAA